GUGGAGCCUGAAACCUUAUCCAAUCAGGAGCCGUGGACUAGAAACUGUCCAAUCAGGCAUGCAGCUGGAAAGAACAGGCUACUUCCGUAUCUGCAGAUUUAUGGCUAAAAGACCGGGACCCCCUGGAAGCCGAGAAAUGGGACUGUUGACAUUCAGAGACAUAGCUAUAGAAUUCUCUCCGGAGGAAUGGCAAUGCCUGGAUUGUGCUCAGUGGAAUUUAUAUAGAGAUGUGAUGUUAGAGAACUACAGAAACCUGGUCUCCCUGGGUAUUGCUGUCUCUAAGCCAGACUUGAUCACGUGUCUGGAGCAAAAUAAAGAGUCCCAGAAUAUAAAGAGAAAUGAGAUGGUAGCCAAACACCCAGUUAUGCAUUCCCAUUUCACCCAAGACCUUCAGCCAGAGCAGGGCAUAAAAGAUUCACUCCAAAAAGUAAUACCAAGAACGUAUGGAAAAUGUGGACAUGAGAAUUUACAAUUUAAAAAAUGCUGUAAAAUUGUGGGUGAAUGUGAGGUGCACAAAGGAGGUUAUAAUGAAGUUAACCAAUGUUUGUCAACUACCCAAAACAAAAUAUUUCAGACUCAUAAAUAUGUCAAAGUCUUUGGUAAAUUUUUAAAUUCCAAUAGACAUAAAACAAGAUAUACUGGAAAGAAACAUUUCAAAUGUAAAAAAUAUGGCAAAUCAUUUUGCAUGCUUUCACACCUAAAUCAACAUCAGGUAAUUCAAACUAGGGAGAAGUCCUACAAAUGCAAAGAAUGUGGCAAAUCCUUUAACUGCUCCUCAAACCAUACUACACAUAAAAUAAUUCAUACUGGAGAGAAACCAUAUAGAUGUGAGGAAUGUGGCAAAGUCCUUAGCUGGUCCGCAAACCUUACUAGACAUAAGAUAACUCAUACUGGAGAGAAACCCUACACAUGUGAAGAAUGUGGCCAAGCCUUUAGGCGCUCCUCAACACUUACUAACCACAAGAGAAUUCAUACUGGAGAGAGACCCUACAAAUGUGAAGAAUGUGGCAAAGCCUAUAGCUUAUCCUCAGCACUUACUAUCCACAGGAGAAUUCAUACUGGAGAGAGACCCUACAAAUGUGAAGAAUGUGGCAAAGCAUUUAGCUUAUCCUCAACCCUCACUGACCACAAGAGAAUUCAUACUGGAGAGAAACCCUACAUAUGUGAAGAAUGUGGCAAAGCCUUUAACUACUCCUCAACCCUUAUGCAACAUAAGAGAAUUCAUACUGGAGAGAAACCCUACAAAUGUGAAGAAUGUGACCAAGCUUUUAAGUGGCAUUCAGGUCUUGCUAAACAUAAGACAAUUCACACUGGAGAGAAACCCUACAAAUGUGAAGAAUGUGGCAAAGCUUUUAAGUGGCAUUCAAGUCUUGCUAAACAUAAGACAAUUCACACUGCAGAGAAACCCUACAAAUGUGAAUAAUGUGGCAAAGUCCACCCUCAGGCCUCAUAAUACAUAAAAUAAUUUAUACUGGAAAAAAAACACUACAAGUGUAGAGAAUGUGGCCAAGCCUUUAACCAGUUCCAAACCUUAAUUGAAUGUAAGAGAAUUCAUAUUGGAAAAAAAUUUUAUAAACUUAAAAAAAUGUAACAAAGCCUUUAACCAACCCUCAAACCUUAAUGAACCUAAGAGAAAUUAUUUUUAAAAAAUUUUUUGAGAUGGAGUC